AUGCUUACAUCACCAAAUGAAUUAGACGACGAAAUCUUAUUGGAUGUACUAAAAACUCGAUUCGUUCGACAAAAAAUUGAUAGAACAAUAUACAAUCUUCCAGAGAACGGGAUCAUAAAAGAAAGUGAAAUUUUGACAGAUCCGCGUUUAAUCGAUAUAGUCACAAGGUGUAAUAAAUUAUUGAAUAAUUAUGAAAAUUCGCAAAAAGAGAAUGAUAACAUUCCAGCAGCCUUACUUGGAGCCGUAUAUAUAGCGCUAAUGAGUAAGAGAUACAUAAGUCGCAAAAAUAUUGCAAUUACAAUCAAGUACCCAAAUAAUAAAUCAACAAAAUGGAUAUUAUACCUUAAGAAAGAGAAAGAUGUGACAAUAAGUCAAAAACCACUCAAUGAAAAAUCUUAG